AUGGAACAUAGAAGAUUACGCAAAGGGCCGCUGCCUGGAGGUCGUCAGGGCGCGUCUGGAGCUGGCGCUGGACGCGACAGCAUGCGAACCGCCAGCCGAGCGCGAGGUGCUGCACGACCACCCAGCAGCCCCUCGCAUCCAUCAUCCCCACCAGCUUGCUUGGUGUCGGCAGGGUCUUCGCAGGCCCAGCAAUCGGCACCCGCCACUGGUGGAGUACGCCGCAUGCGAUGGACCAUCAAUAUGAAUUCAAACGCAUUGCGGGCGUAUUUUAGGGCGAAAGGGGGAGAAAUUGGAGGUUUCGCGUAUCGGGCUAGGAUGCAUCGUUUUUUUACUGAGCUGGAGCCAUCUAUUACUGUCACCGAGCAAAACCUGGCAGACCGAGUUCGGUAUAUCUUACGCUCAAAUAUAUUUGAUGGCGCCGAACUCGAACGGCUACGACGUGAGGCUGUUCCCUCAUCAAAUGAAAACGUUACGACUGAGGGUGCGGUGCCACAAGUUGCAGAACAACACGCACACGUGGAUGCCGCCGAGAAUACCCCAGUGGUUGCUGAUUCAAAUGAUGAAGGAACAUUCACCCAGGAACUAGAAAUAGAGCAAAUGAGGAGUACAUUGGAAGAGGCGAUUAUGGAAACGCGCAGUACGCCUCUCGAAAAUCGACCGCGACUUCCCCGCAUAGCCCUAAGCAAGCGGAAUCGGGCUGUCGUGAGGGCUCUGAACCCAAUGCUGGUGACCUAUUUGGAAGCCAGCCGGGACCUUUGCGAGACGGACUCAAUUCUCUUUGGCGCCGCACUGGUAGUCUGCCGUAUUAUAGGCGCCAAACUUUCCACGGCUGGACGCACUACUGGACAAAGUAGUGCUAUCCCAGCCUGGAGAACAAGAAUUGAAGAACGUAUCGCAAAGACUAGGGCCCUCAUCGGCAGACUGAUAUGCUUCAGGUCAGGCAAUACCAGGCCAAGGAUUGUGCGCACCGUCAGGAUGGCGUUUGCUGGGACAAAUGUUAGUUUGUCCCAGCCGGAUAUAAUGCAAAAACUGACGGAGCGCAUAGACGACCUGAAGCAGAGAAUCGCUGCUUGGGGAAAGCGAAUUCGGCGAUAUACCGAGAGGUCGACACGGUUCAACCAGAAUCGUCUCUUCCAGAGUGAUCAGAAGAGGCUCUAUAAAUCAUUGGAGCGACCAAUGGUAAGUGGAACGGGCCCAGUACCGAAUCAGGCCGACACGGUCGCGUUCUGGCGCAGCCUGUGGUCAGAGCCCGUAAACCACAACGAGGGCCCUUGGACGAAAGUUGUGGCGAGUCAGUGUGCGGGUAUUACGCCCAUGGACCCCGUCACCAUAACGCCGGAUGACGUAGCUGAGGCGGUCCGUAGGGCCCCGAACUGGAAAAGUCCGGGACUCGACGGGCUGCAUCACUACUGGCUGAAGGGUAUGAAUACGAGUUGCUUGCCUAUAAUUAAUGAGAAAUCACCUAAAAUAUGUUCAAAGAAGUUACCAUUUACUUCUUCGGAAAGGGAACUAAUUGUCGCUUUAGUUCGUGAGCGGCCCAUUAUUGAGGACAAGCGUACACACGCUCAAAACAUUGAAUUAAAGAAGAAGGCCUGGGAUGAACUGACGAUUGCCUAUAAUGCACAGUCCUAUGUUACACCUAGGAAUCACAUACAAUUAAAAAGAUGUUGGGAAAAUAUAAAAUCUCAAAGAAAGAAGGAGCUUUCUCUUGAAUCAAUUAAUAUGAGACGUACAGGCGGAGGACCACCAGAAAGUGCUUUAUUAUCAGAUAAUGUUGUGGAUGCAAUUUGUCCAUUUAUAAAUUUAACUGUUCCAGGGGUUAUUGACUCCAAUUCUAUAGAAAGUUAG